AUGGCAGGACACUGCAGCACCCACACUCGCAGCAGCCAGAAUCCCAUGGGCAACGAAAGCUUCGGUCACCACGGCCUGCCGGCAGCGCAGGGCCAGAGCACCACCAGCCGUAUGCCGGUGGCUGUUGUACCUUACCCCGCUUCCUUUCCAUUUAUUCACCCCUUGACUAACCAGGUGAUGAUGAGGGUGCCGUCCUGCCUCGCACUGCCGAGUCCAAGCAUGCCAUUCUGGACGAUGGCGCAGCACCAAAUCCAGGCACCACCACAGGCGCAGCUUAUCUGCGGUCCGGUGCUUCAUUCGUACACUGUCAUGUCGUGGCCAUGCCACGUGGUCACGCUUGUUGUGGCAAGCCCCCGCCAUGCUUACCCGGCGAAUCAGCCGGGGUCCGCGCAAGCUGAUUUGACACUUCGGCUUGGCUCCGGCGGUGGCGGUGAUAGUCGUGGAGACAAGAGGCAGUUGAUGCCUUUACUUGAAGACGGGCGCCAUGGCAAGAGGCCUGUGGUGGCGAUGGAUGGUGGUGAUCAAAGUGGUGAGGAGGGCAACGAUGCAGACGGCUUGGAUCUGGAGCUGCGUCUGUGUCGCUAG